AGAAGCAAACGGAAGGCAGAGCGGGGUAGUUGCGAAGAGGACGAGAAAAGCGACCGACCCCGAGGCCUUUGGUGUAAACCGAUGACAAUGAGAAUUUGGUUGCUCCUCACUGCAUGGGCAAAAGUUCAAGAUUCCUAAGUGGACCUGACUAGUGGAUGCUCCCCAAAUAACUUCAACAUAAGUAGAAGACAUGAAUCUUCAAAAUGAUGAGGCAACAUCUACAUCCAUAUUUGCCUGGAAUUAUUUUCUGUGGGAAGUUCGUUUGGCACUAGUGGCCAUUGGCUUCUUUUUCUACUUGGGAAUAUUUUGUUUUUCACAUUUUUUGUCUUCAUGGUUGAGUAUGACUUACCGCUCAUUGCCAGCGAAGGAGAAAGUCUUUUGGAAUGUGACUGCUACACGAGCCGUGUUCGGCAUUCAGAGUUGUGUGGCUGGCUUCUGGGCUUUGCUUAUAGAUCCAGUUUUUCAAGCUGACAUAGUUUAUUCCCAGCAGGACUGGAGUUGGUUUAUUUGCCUCAUAGCGUCUGGCUUCUUUUUGCUGGAAAAUGUAGCCGUUCAUGUCUCUAAUUUUAUCUUUAAAACAUUUGAUUUCUUUGUAGUUGCUCACCAUUUUCUUGCUUUUGGUGGUUUUUUGGGUCUGAUAACCAACAUAAAAUCUGGACAUUACAUACCUUUGAUGGGAAUGCUACUUGAAUUGAGUACACCUUUCACUUGCAUGUCUUGGAUGCUUUUAAAGGCUGGCCGGGCUAAUACUUUCUUUUGGAAGGCAAGUCAGUGGAUAACGAUCCACAUGUUUCACUGUCGCAUGAUACUUACCUACCACAUGUGGUGGGUGUGUCUUUCCCAUUGGUAUGCUGUGAUGGAAAAUAUGGGACUCUUAUAUUUUACUGUUGUAUUAACAGGAUUGAGUGCUGUUACCUUCAUACUUAAUCCCUACUGGACCUACAAAAAGACUCUUCAACUUUCUUCCCCUGUUGACUGGAAUUUUAGUGAUAGAACAAUGAAAAACGGUUCAUCUGUGAAAGUAAAUGGGGAAGCAUUCCAGAAGAAGGGGCUCUGAAACUGACUUGGAUCUCUAUGGGUAACCGUAAAAUCUGGUCAGAAAUAAAUAAGAUGGACAGAUAGCUGGGAAUAUGAAGCUGUGCCUAUCAAGGGAUCUAAAUUACUAGUUUCUGGUAAUGUCUAAUUGGGAAUAUUAUUAACCUCAUUUAAUAAAUAUUGCAGGUGUGCCCUGAAUGUUGGGCAUUCUUACAUGUGGGAAUAUUUUGUAAACCAGCAAAGUGCAGGAAACUAACUGCUUGGUCUGUCUGUCUUUAAAACCUGCACUGCUGCUUCCAGGGCUUGCUAUUUUGAACAUGUCAUCUCUAGGACAGAUUGCAGCCUAGAAAGAAUUCAAGGUCUUGUCUCAAAGAAUGUCCAGGAGAAAUGAUGCUUUCUCAUUAGUUUAAUCAAUCUAAAAUUGCACUUAUCUCCCUGAAAUUCCUUUUCGUGUAUAUAUGAAUCAGUUUCUAUGUCAAGUUUGCUACCUUAUCUAAUGAAUGCCAAGUGCCAAUCCAGUUUAAUAAUAUGAGAAGAGAGGGGAACAUUACAUUUUUUCCCUAGAAAAGCAUCCAAAUAUUUAAUACCAAUUCUAGAACAUUAUGAAAUAUAAUUUAGUUUGAAGAGUAAUUGAACAUUGAAAAUAUGGUCAUGACUUUGGUUUAAACAUUUUAAAAAAAAAUUCUCUUCAGCAUGUAAUAUUCUAUAGUGACUAGUAGAAAAGCCUGUAUACCUUAAAAUUAUUUCCAAUAUGUAACAAAUUCAAAUUUUGAUGUGGCACCUCACGAAAGCUGCUCUUUUGCAAUUUCAUUAGGAGAGAUAUUGAAGGUGGUUGAGCUUCCAGCUUUUUGCAUACCCACAUUUUAGACAGAUAAUUUAUAAAAUUCUAUUAAGUUCUGUUCUGUUAAUCCCAGGCUCUAAAAUCCAACAUCAGUUUAUAAAUCUUAAAACUUUUCUCAAAACUAAGCAUUUUAAAAAAAGGAACCUAUAGCUACGGUAUUCCACUACUUAAUUACUGUGUAAAGAUUGCUGAAACCAAUCCUUAACCUAAUAUUUCAAUAGAAAGUUGUUGAACACUGCCAUCUAAUGGCAGUUGUUGCAUACAUCUUAUUUUAAACAAGUAUGUUAUAAAAUUAUCUGGAAUACGCAACAACUAUAAAAGAUAAUACAUUGAAUUUGGUAUAUAUUGUUUUAGUAUAGGUAAUAUAGAAUGCAUGAGAAUCUGAGAUUAAUGCUGUUUAUAUUCAAGCUCAAUGUGGAAAUAUAUAAAUUAAGUACUGUUUGAAACAUCUCUUUCUCUUCCCACCCUAGUAAAAUUAGUGAAAAACAGUGAUAAGACUGCAUAAAAUGUUAAAAUCUAAAGUUUUCUCCAAUUUCUCCUAUUUUUUCCCUGUUUAGGAAACAGGUAUUAUAGUUGUGAAAGUUAGGCAUAAAAGAAAUAUUAAACAUUUGCUCUAGUCAUUACUUGGAAAGAAUAACUUCAGAGAGGCAAACUUUUUCAUAAUAUAAAUGUAUGUAUAGAAAUCUGGCUUGAAUCUCUGUAGUUAAUCUAUCAAUCAAAUCUUAAUGCAGUUAUAGACGAUAAUUAAUCUAAGUUAAGGUAGUAGUAUUUUAAUUCAUCUUCAAGACUUUUCAUUCUUGAUAUUUUGAAUUGUGACAUAUUUCUAGCUAAAAUGUUAUUGGGAAUGAUGCCACUAAUGUACUUUUCUUGACUGUAACUUAUAUUGUUCUGAGUAGUAGCACAACAUGAGAAGAAAAAUUGAAAAUCUGCAUUCUGAAGAUGAUUGUGACCAUGUUUACAGUCUUCUGUCAAAAACAGACCCUGAAAAAAUGCUAAAUGCUAUUAAUAUAGAUGGGGAUGGGAUCAAAAUCCAAUCAGGGACAUUUUAGAAUUAAUAAAAUGUUUUCAUUGAUACAUCAUUCCUGGAGAAUAACAACCUGCCCAUUGUGAUUUUCUGUGAGAAAUCACAGAAAAAAAUCUGUUUAAUUGCAUUUUCCUUGGAGUCUGGGCAAAAUAUGGGUCUUUCCAGUCAUAAUGAUUAGCAUUUCUCUAAUGAACAAAUUGUAAAUAUUUGCUUGCAAUCCCUCAAAAGACAGUUAUACACUUUUGAUAUUGAAAAUAUAGUUUAGUUUGUUGCUUGCUUUUAAUCAAAGUAGCACAGUUGCAGUUUGCACAACAAAAACUUCUUAUUAAACGUUUGCACCUUUUAAAAAUGGAAGUAAUGAAAAGGUAGAUUAUCUAUUGGCCACUGAAAAAGUUGCAUACACGUAGUAUAUAAUAUUUUCUUAUGUUUCUGUUGGUGAAAAAUUGCACUAUGUAUGGAAUAAUGUCUUCAUCUAUAAUCAUAGAAGUAGUUAGUAAAAAAAUUCAGAUAUAUUUGAUGUUUAACCCAUAGCAUAGAUACAUGUGUAGUAGCCACUGUUUUUUUUUAAAAAUGAGUUUAAUUGUUCUAGUUCACUUGCUAAUAUAUAGCUUUGGACCCUUGAGGUUUUAUUUAUCUCAAUUGCCUACAAUAAUUCAGCGUUUGGUCUAUAUUUUUCCCCUGACCAAGUCAGUGCUGUGAUUUAGUUGGGAAUGCUGCUGCUAAUGAGUAUUUUGAUUAGAAUCCCUCUCACGCUGAAUGCAUGCCAUUUCUGUUCUGUUCCAAAAGAGGUCAGGCCACACCUCCAUUAAAUUUGAUUUGAUUUGAUUUUUUUUCCUUAUGCAUAGGUAAGUUACUGCUGUUAUAUUCAGUAUUUGGUGGCAGCCUUAGGGACCACGGGCACACCAAGAAGUGGAUGGGUAGAACUUGUGAAGUCAUGUAUUAUUAUACAAUCCUGUGAUUGCAGUGUAUGCAUUCUUGACUAAAAUGUAAAAGAUCUCUGUUUUGCUGCUUAACACCAAAAUAAUAAAAAUGGGAAUUUUGCUGGGGCAGUUGGACAAAUUUGCAACAGAAAUAAGACUUCUCUUUUUUCCCCCCUAAGAAUAUUUUUUUAAACAGUAGAAUGGUUGGGAUACAGUAUCUUUUUUUAAAAAAAAAAGUAGAAUAGCUGAGGUAGAGUAUUUUCUAAGAAGAAUAGUGGACGUUGGGAAAUGAACAUACCUUGGGCAUAUGCAGUAGUUUAAUAAUGAAUGAAAUCACAUGUGUAAAUAGAAUUUCAUUUUUUAUUUAAAUGUGAGAGCUGAACUAGGUAUUAUGAGAAAUCUGAGUGUUUCAGCUAUGCUUUUUUCUUAAUUUCAAACUAGUUUAGCUUAUGUGAUUUUGUAAAUACUUCUUAGCAGCUCCAAAUUCUUUUUCAUGCAAGUGAUCUUCAAAAUAAGUUUCAGUAUGAAGAAAAGUCAUCAUAUGCACUUUGUAAUGAAAAGUAGGAGGGGGGGAGGAAAUUAAGCACCUUUCUCUUUUCCUAAUUGCCCUAAGAAGUAUUACAAAAUGUGGUUUACAACUUUCCUACUUACGGUAGAUAUUACUGAUAAAGUUAAACAUGAGAUAGUUAUUUGGACUCUUUGCUAUUGAGUUGUCAUGCUUUUAUUCUUCCCUACAUCUCAUUGCGGUUAACAAUCCAAAAUUAUGUGUUUUAUAUUGAUUCCCACCGUCAGUUACGUAUCAUCUGCAAUGGAGUAUAGUACUUCCUAAAAAUAAGAACUUUAUUUUCUAAGUAGUUUAUGCAGCAAAUAUAUUUGCUAUAUAUUUUUUCUUGUUCCUCCAUAAUUGAUUGUGCUAAUAAAUGUAUUGCUUUUGUUCUUUCCUUUUUUAAAAUCAGUUAUUUAAUAAACUUUACAGUUUUUUGCUUGCAGUUACAA